CGAUAAUGACGAUGGAAGAAGAGCAGCAGCAGAAGAAGAAGGGCCGGCGAUAGGAAUAGAUCUGGGAACCACUUACUCCUGUGUGGGAGUUUGGCAGCCGCAUCACCAACGGGUUGAGAUCAUCACCAACGAUUUGGGCAACCGUACGACGCCGUCAUGGGUUGCCUUCACCGAUGUGGAGCGUCUCAUCGGCGAAUCUGCUCAGAACCAGGCUGCAACCAAUCCCGCCAAUACCAUCUUCGCUACAUGUGAAAAGGCUUAUAGGAAGGCAAUUUAAUGAUAUAAUAGUACAAAAUGACAUGAAGCUGUGGCCAUUUAAAGUCACAGCUGGCCCUGGCGAAGGCAAUGCUGAGAAACCUAUGAUAGUAGUGACUUACAAUGGUGAAGAGAAGACAUUUGCUGCUGAAGAGAUAUCUUCAAUGAUCCUCCAAAAGAUGAAGAGUAUUGCAGAGGCCUAUCUAGGAAAACAAGUCAAGAAUGCUGUCAUUACUGUUCCUGCCUACUUCAGUGAUGCACAGCGUCAAGCUACAAAAGAUGCUGGUCUCAUUGCUGGGAUUAAUGUCUUGCGUAUUAUCAAUGAGCCCACAGCUGCUGCAAUUGCCUAUGGUCUUGACAAGAAGGGCUCUAGAAGUGAUUCUGUUUUAAAGAACAUACUAGUUUUUGAUCUUGGUGGUGGGACUUUUGAUGUGUCUAUUGUCAAAAUGGAGAAGGAUUUGUUUGAAGUCAAAGCUGUUAAUGGGGACACUCACCUUGGCGGAGGAGAUUUCAAUAACAGAAUGGUGAGCCACUUUGUAGCUGAGUUUGAGAGGAAACACAAAAAAGACAUGAGUGGCGAUCCAAGGGCUCUUGGGCGGCUCAGAGCCGCUUGUGAAAGGGCUAAGAGAGUCCUCUCUUCAGCUACUGAAACUUCUAUCAACAUUGAUUGUCUCUUUGAGGGAAUUGAUUUCUCUUCGGGCAUCACCCGUGCACGAUUUGAUAAAUUGAAUUUGGAUCUGUUCAAAGAUUGCAUGGAACCAGUUGAAAAAUGUUUUAAGGAUGCCAACAUGGAGAAGAGUGACCUUCAUGAUAUUGUUCUGGUUGGAGGCUCUACUCGGAUCCCCAAAAUUCAGGAAUUGUUACAAGACCUACUAAAUACAAAGAUUCUCUGCAAAAGUAUAAACCCGGAUGAGGCUGUGGCCCAUGGAGCUGCUUUUCAUGCUGCCAUCCUUACUGGUGCAUGUUUAGGUGUGAAUAAGGAUAUUGUGCUUGUUGAUGUUGCUCCUUUAUCUCUUGGCAUUGAGGUGCGUGGCAGUGAAAUGUCUGUUGUGAUUCCAAGGAAUACCCCCAUCCCUACAAAGAUGACAGAUAAGUAUGUUACUGCUAUCGACAACCAAACAGGUGCUCCGUUCAAAGUGUUUGAGGGGGAAAUGCCUAUGACAAAAGACAACUAUUUCUUGGGCAAAUUUUACCUCCAUGACAUUCCUCCAGCACCCAAAGGUGAUGCUAUGUUUGAUGUUGAUUUUGAAAUUGAUGCCAAUGGCAUCUUAACUGUGUCUGCAGUACUUGUGGGUAGUGACAAUAGGGACCAAAUCACUAUAACCAGUCACAGCACAAGGCUGACAAAGGAGGAGAUUGAUCGGAUGGUGAAGGAGGCAGAGGAGUACAAGGCUCAAGAUGAGCAGCGCAAGAAAGCAUCUGCAGCUAAAAAUGCUUUGGAGAAUUACAUUCACUACCUGAGAGGCACUUUGAGAGGCUGUGGGACUAGGAUAGGGAUGGAGGAGGACGUCAUACAAUUGAAAAUUGCAAUUGAGAAUGCAUAUAAAUGGUUAGAUUGGAACUUCCUGCUUGGUGAAGCUCACUUCUUUGAGGCGAAGAUGAAAGAGCUGGAGAUGAUAUGUGAGCCUGUCAUUACAAAGCUUCAGUGCCCGCCAGGCCGAAUCCGUCGAUGGCGCUGGAUGGAGAUAACGACUCUGAACGAAGGCGGCGACGAUGGAGAUGGUCCUCUGGGAAAUACGAUGCAAGGCAAUCGCACUACGCCGUCUUGGGUUGCCUUCACCCCUGCUGAUCGAUUGAUCGGCGAAUCUGCUCAGAACCAGGCCGCAUUCAAUCCCUCCAAUACCAUCUUCGACGUGAAGCGACUAAUAGGAAGGAAAUUUAACGACACAAUAGUACAAAAUGACAUGAAGCUCUGGCCAUUUAAAGUCACAGCUGGCACUGACGGCAAAAAAGUCAAGAAUGCUGUUAUCACUGUUCCUGCUUACUUCAAUGAUGCACAGCGCCAGGCUACGAAAGAUGCUGGUGUCAUUGCCGGGCUCAAUGUCUUGCGUAUCAUCAAUGAGCCCACAGCUGCUGCAAUUGCUUAUGGUCUCGACAAAAAGGGAGUUGGAAAAGGCGAUCCUGCUUCAAAGAACAUACUGGUCUUUGAUCUGGGUGGUGGGACUUUUGAUGUCUCUAUUCUCACAAUUAAGAAGGAUGUGUUUGAAGUCAAAGCUGUUAAUGGGGACACCCAUCUAGGUGGAGGGGAUUUCAAUAAUAGAAUGGUGAGCCACUUUGCAGCUGAGUUUGAGAGGAAACACAAGAAAGACUUGAGUGGAAACCCCAGGGCUCUAGGGCGGUUGAGAGUGGCUUGUGAGAGGGCCAAGAGAAACCUCUCUUCAGCGACUGAAACAUCCAUCGACAUUGAGUGUCUCUUUGAGGGCAUCGAUUCCUCUUCGACCAUCACCCGUGCACGGGUGAUUUCUUAUGUUGUUAUGGUUGGUGGGUCUACCCUAAUCCCUAAGGUUCAGGAAUUGUUGCAAGAACACUUCCUCGGAAAGCUCUCCAAAAGUAUAAACCCUGAUGAGGCGGUUGCCCACGGAGCAGCUUUUCAUGCGGCAUCUCUGGCUGGUGUCUGUUUGGGUGUGAAUAAGGAUGUCGUGCUUUUGGAUGUUGCUCCAUUAUCUCUUGGGAUUCGGGUGCAUGGUGGUGAUAUGUCUGUUGUGAUUUCAAGGAAUACCCCAAUCCCUACAAAGAGGACCAGGCACAAUUACCAAAAUGUUCAUGACAACCUAACUUGAGGAGCGUAAGAAGGAAGCCGAGGCCAGGAAUGCAUUGGAGUAUUACAUUCACCACUUGAGGGCGUUGAGGCACACUUUGAGCAGUGGGGGAAAUCGCGUGAGGAUGGAGGAGAACUUGAUCGUUUUGUCAGAUGCAAUGCGGCUCAAUGUUUGCAUUUGAAGAAUAAUGGGCUUCCCAAAGUUGACAUCUUUCUGGCCGGGGAAGAUGAAAGAGCUGCAGUGGACUUGAUAGUUGGCCAUUUAUUCCCAACCUGGAGCGUCCCCAGGUCAGUCGCCCAGUUUUCAAGCCUAGCGUUGGACGAAAAAACCGGCACAAAAUUAUUCCAAACUAAACCGACAUGGUACCGGCUAAAGAAAUGGUUUUCACAUGG